ACGCUUUGUUCCAUUGGCUCAUGAUUGAGCAAUCUUGGCAAGGAUUGGUGGAGGGUCUGCGCUUGGGAACUUUCAGGAAGUGGUUGAUUUUAGAUGAGCAGGUCUUUUUGACAGGACGAAUAGCUUAAUUUUCGUUCUAGGUGUAUUUGCGCGAAAGGAAAAUGUUUACAGUAAGAAAGAAGUCGGGUGUUAAAAAACUGUGAUUAAUUUACAGGUUUAGUCUCCACUUUCUAAAAGAUAUUUCAUUCAUUGAAUAUUUUCUCACUUGAAACAUGGCAGUGCGCAGGUUGUUUCGCCGCAACAUUUCAACUCCGGCUUUUAGAUUUUUCAACACCUCCAACUGCUGCAGGACUGUCAUGCCUGCAUGGGUGAUUGAUAAAUAUGGAGGCAAUGAUGUCUUACGACUGAGCAAAAAUGCCAGUUUCCCAGUCAUCAGCUACCCCAAUGAGGUUAUUGUCAAGGUGUUUGCUGCAGGACUCAACCCCAUUGACGUUAGCAUGAGAGGUGGUUAUGGCGCUGCAUCACUGUCUAUGAAGAGAGACCCUCUGAACAUCAAUCAAGCGGGCACGGAGUUUCCCCUCAUCCUGGGUAGGGAUGUGUCUGGGGUCAUCAUGGAGUGUGGCCUGGAUGUAAAGUACUUUAGAGAAAGGGAUGAGGUGUGGGCUGCCAUCCCACCAUGGAAGCAAGGCAGCUUGGCUGAGUUUGUGGUCCUGAGUGCCAACGAGGUGUCCCUCAAACCAAAGUCACUGAGCCACACAGAGGCUGCAGCCAUCCCUUACGUGGCAACCACCGCCUGGUCGGCGCUCGUCAACACAGGAGGGCUCACUAAAGACAACUGUGCCAACAAGCGUAUUUUGAUCCUUGGAGGUUCUGGGGGAGUAGGAACAUUUGCCAUCCAGAUGCUGAAGGCGUGGGGAGCCCAUGUGACCGUCACAUGCUCCCAGAAUGCAGAGCGGUUAGUCAGGGAGCUUGGAGCAGACCAUGUAGUGGACUACACAAACGGACCUGUCGAGGUGCCACUUGCCGCCCUGGAAAAGUUUGACCUGGUCCUGGAUAAUAUCGGGGGCGACACAGAACGCUGGGCAUUGAAUCUGCUCAAGCCUUGGAGUGGUGCCAAGUAUGUGACCCUGGUUACCCCCUUUCUCCAGAACACUGACACCCUGGGGGUCGCUGAUGGGAUGCUACAGACGGCUGCUACUGUGACCAGCAAGGCUCUGAAGCACCUUGUUAAGGGGGUCCACUACCGCUGGGGAUUCUUUGCACCAAGUGGUCCAGCAUUGGAUGAAAUCAGGGAUAUGGUGGAUGCAGGACAGAUCCACGCAGUAGUAGAAGAGACCUUCAAUUUCUCACACGUUCGUCAGGCCUUCGAGAAGAUGGAGAAGGGUCAUGCCCGAGGAAAGACUGUAGUCCAAAUUAAAACAGGGACAGACAAUGUGUAGCACUAACGACGAUGGAUGAGGUCACUGAAGUCUCAUCGUGUUUGACUGAUUUGACUGAUGAAAUUGUGUUAAAGACUAUUUAAACUUGAUAUAUGCUUGAAAAUAAAAUAGCAAUUUGUAUUUUUACCACUACACAGUCUA